GGUAAGAAACGUGGACGAGUGAUGGCGAAGUUAAUAAGAACCGGUGCGAAUUUAUUAAAAUUAAGAAUAACAAUAUAUUCAAUUGCGUUGGCACAUUUAUUGAUAAUGUCAACGAAACUGUUGAAUAUUGACUUUGAAUCAUCCAAAGAUUUGAGGCUUCAUUCUUAUUCCAAACUGAAGUGGAGAUUAAUAACAACUUGGUUCAACCUAUUAACUUUGGGAUACAUGCCGAUAUGCUUAUAUUGCGACUGGCGCGAGAUGAGCGGGGAAGGUUCCCGGGUACACGUUAAAAUAUUGAACCAAUUUAGGACUUUUUGUUUUUCCAGUCUCAUCCUUCCCUCUACGGCGUUUGCAGAUAUUACAUUCUGGCAGCUUUGGAACAAAGAUCGUGAGCUUAUUAUGCCAGUUUCGGGUGAUGAAUUCAUAUCCAUAUGGUCACAACACAGUAUGCACACAGCUUCGAUGGUAUUUGUAAUUUUCGAUCUUUUAUGCGUGCAUAGGACACGACCGAAAAGCUUAAUCCCCGGACUCAUAGCUUUAGGCAUCUUCAACAGUAUUUACGUACUCUUGUGUCUGGACAGCUUUUUGAAAGGAGAAAUCAUAUACCCGGUAUUAAGAACUUUAUCAGUUUACAAGUUGUUUGUUUUGGUUGUUUAUUUUCAUAUUGCUACUUUGUUUUAUUACACGGCACAGUGGUUUAUAACAGAUCUAGUUCAUGGACAUUCUGAUUAUUCUAAAAAGGUUUUAAACUAACAUGUAAGAAAUAUUGAUAUUGUUUUUGUAACUUUAUAUUGGUUGAUGUCUUUUGAAUAUUUUAUGUAUAAUAUAUUCUGGCAAGUUUGUCAGUGUUUUUACUAUCUGUAAUAAUUAAUAAGGACUUAUUCUUUUCGUAUUACAUCCGGUAUCAAUCAGUGAAACUCCCGGUAAAAAUGGUAAAAGCGUUUUAGAGUCAAAAAUAUCAUUUAAGUAUAUUUACCUUGUAGGAGCAUACAUCAAAAAGCUCUUUUUUUACUUUGAAUAUAGUAAAAAGCGGUAAGUCAAUAUUCCAAAUACACUAGUUUUUUAUUUAUUUCAUAAGACUUUAUUUGCAUUGUACUUUUCAGUUUAUUUUAAGCACCAUAUCUAAAUUAUAUAUUAAGGUAAACUAAUAUUAAUUCAAAAUCCUGCACGUAUUGAACAUUUUGUAACGAAGACUGCUUUGGACAUCUUUGAAAAACUUUCGACCUCUUCGUGAAAACCUUACUUAGAAAGAUAACUUCCCGUUUCAACAAAGUUAUCUUGUAGCUAAAUUAAAUUCUUUUGAUAUAUUUUUAUAAAUAUUAUGAUGAAAUUGAAAAUAUAUAUAAUAAAUCAAUUUAGUUUCUGCGUUAAUGGAGAUACAAAUAUAAUAUUAUUGGGUUUUGUACGACUUUUAAUCACUAGAAAUGAUAAAAAAAAAGUUUUCUUCUAGUUCUACUAUAAACAAAUAUAUUUAAUAGGGAAGUAACUACAGCAAAAGUUUGAGAUAUAUGUCAAUUUUUAUUUUCAUAUAAAGCGUAAAAAAAAAUGUGGUGAUGAUAUGGCCGAUAUUUAUAUUAAGUCCUUGAAAAUCAAUAGUGAUAAAAAAUACUAUGGUUAUUUUUUAUUUAGCAAUACAUAUUAUUAAAUUUUCUUUGAAUAGUAAGGCUUCGUCGCUUCUUAAUCAUUGGACGCGUUCCCUCAGGAGAAGCUUUUAUAAAGUUAGACAGCAAGGUUUUCAGAAUAUUCUCCCAUUAUUUACUAAGGUUUUGCACCUUUAAAGAAAAUUAUUCUAAUUAUCUUUCUAUAAUUACGCCUCGUUGUUUCGUUAACCGACUUCUAUCUUAUUAUU